UUGUGACGUCCACAUUUUCCACAUUUUUGGGAAAUUUUUGAACAUUUUUUGUUGGGGAAAAAGGAAAUGUUAUUAUUUAAGAACAGACAUGACACACGACAGGAGAGGAAAGGAAAGAAAAGGAAAGGAGGAAUAGAAAGAGAGUAGUAGAGAAAGGAAAAGAUGGAAGGAAAGGGAAGAAAUAGAGAGGAUGAUGGUGACAGGUUGAAGAGGUGAGGAGAGAGGAGGCAGAAGGGGUCGUUAUUUUUAUCAAAAAAGGUUUAUAAAAAAAGGUCUGGAAGGAAGAAUAAGGACAAAGAGUGAGAAAAUAUCACAAGUGGAGCAAUAAAAGUAUGGAAAAAGAAAGUGAAAGAAAAAAGAAAGUGAAAGAAUGUUGACCUUCCUUCAAGGUCAACGAACGCUAAAAGUAGAAAAAAAAAUUUCAAAGUGCGAAAAUUCUGAUCUAGGUUCGUGGCUUUAAGGGUUUGGUGAAGGCUCUUCUCACCACUGAGAAGAACUUGGCGACUCCAGACUUCAAAUUGUUUGGUCGAGGAGUGAUUUUUAAAUUAAUGUUCAAAGCCAUCACCACAGCUUCAUCAAAAGAUGGAUCUUAUACAUUCAUCGCUGCCUCCAGCAGCUUUUCUGCAGAGCCAAACAUCUUGUGAAGGUCCUUCGACAUGGCCUUCGACAUUUUGUCCAUCUUCUGGGUUAUUUCAGUUAUUUGUUUCGGUGACAUGUGGAUGUCGUCCAGCAGGCCCAACAGUCAGUCUUGGAUGUCCUGUGUGGUGAACAACACCCAGGAUUUAUGUAUGGAUUUUGAUAUCACCUUCAUCAGCAGAGUACUGACGGCAUCCAUGUUUUGGUGGGAACUCUCAAGUGUUGUUCCGACCUGAGGUUUAGCAGAAGCGACGAGUUCUGGAGCAGCGACCAGUUCAGUCGUUGGGUCCUCAUAAGAGGAUCUCUUAUGGGGCUCAGACUCUUCAUGGACUGACACCAAACUUUCGAGAGACUUUCGAGACUCUCGAGAUCUGAACGCUACAACUGGUGUGGAGAAUUUGUCAGUUGCACCCUCAUCAUAACCCUCAUCGUCCCUGCUGGUAGGUCUGGAAACUACAUCAACAUCAAUGAGUGCCAUCAACCACCCAGACUAUUCAGACUAAACACAAGAACAAAGUGAUUUCUGAGCAUUAAAGCAACUUAUUCUGGUGGUUUAACGUCGGCUGUUGGUCCAGACUCUGGUCACCAGGUGGCAGCACUGAGCCGUUGUGUAUCUGAUGGUGUUUAUAAUCGUCUGUUUCCUGCUAGUAAUCUCAUGAUUAUAUUUACUUUGUGGCUGCAGACCCGCUGUGUUGGCAGCAGCUGAGAACUUCACCGUCCUCAUCAAGAACAACAUCCGGUUCCAGGCAUUCAACUUCAUCAGGGGGGCGUCAUCUGCAUCCAGAUCAAGUGGGACUGUAACCCGGACCCGCUGAUGCAUCGCUGCCUCCCCAGAUACUCCUUCAGACGUCUGGACGAGAAAGAAAGCAACAGAACGCUUUAUCCAGGACUCAACUUCAGGUCAUCCUGUGCGUUUCCUACGUGGACGAGAACGACCUCCGACUGGUGAAGAGAUCCCAGAAGAAAAGCUUACAGGACGUCAAGCCCAUGUCGGUUCUGCCUCGACGGGAGGAUCCAGGACACCUGAGAGCCGUCCUCUGCCUCCUGCAGCCCCGUAUGGACCAGGACCAGGACCGUAAAGCUGACCAGAACCCCCGACCCGCUGCUCCCUGCUGGUGUAAAUGCGACCGCUGCGUUCCUGCCUCCCUCCCUCAGGAACAGUUGUGCUGCAGGCGGAGCUCCGGCGGCUGCAUCUCCUCGUCUCCGCUGUUCCAUCAGCUGGUUCUGCGGCGCCCCCUGCUGGAGGCCGUCCUGCCGUACCGGGACCCCCUGACGCUGCUGGACCGGGUCUGGACCGCCGCCCUGCAUCACUGCGCCUACCAGCAGUUCAUCAGUUGGAGGUUUGGGUCGCCGCCCGCCGGCUGCCACCCGGCCGUCCCCAGCUGCUGCAUCCAGAGAAUCCGGGAGGAAUAUCCGAGUCCGGACGGACGGUACCGAGGCUUCAGGCCCGUCAGAACCACCGUCACCAUGCAGGGCAGCGCUAACGGAGAGCCGUGAGCUUUCAGAACCACAGCUGACCCACUAACCCCCUUUUUAUGUCACAAAAAAAGCAGUAACUUCACCCAGCCCAGCGGAAAAUGGAAAUCAGCCACUUUUCUGUCGGCAGGAGUUCAGACGACGACGAGACGUGAAGGAGAACCUCCCAGAGUCCAUCAAUCUCAGAGUUUCUGCCUUUAUAGGACAGAAAAAAGCUGCAGACUGAAGGAAACUUUCACAUCUGUCACUUCAUUUGGAGUGAUGAGGAGCUUCCUUCAGAGAGGAGAGAAAAAACACCAACAAGACCUGAUUUUAACCUGACAAGAUCUACAUCAGCAGCUCUGAGGAUCUUUGUCUGCCUGCUAAAUCUAAAAACAUGAGGAUUCUGGGUAAAGUCAGGAGGAAGAACUGUGUCGGUUCAGGACCAUCGAGGCUGUAAGGAGACUAAACUAAAACUAUUUUCCUUCUAAUGACAUCAACCAACCUGCUCAGAAGUGUUGGAGGGAAUUCUUUUAUACUUACAAACAAACACCCUCACUAGAUAAUGGAACCAAAGUUUGGGGGAAAUGUUCCGUUAAAAAAAUGAAUUUAAAACUUGUCCAAAAUGUCUGUUGUCCAGGAAUGUACAGAAUUUGUCCAAGAUUACCCAAAUAUUUCCAUGAUCACAUGAAACUUGUCCAAAAUAACUGUUAAUUUGACUAGAAUGACUUAAAAUCUGUCCAUAGUCAUUCAAAAAAUCGAGAAAAUUAUUCAAAAUUUGUCCAACAUGUCUUAUUAAUUGUCCAGAAAUGUACCGAAUUUCUCCAAGAUUACCCAAAGAUUUCCAAAAAAGUUGCCCAAAACAUCCAUCAAUUUGACCAAAAUAACCCAAAAUCUGCCCACAGAUAUUGAAAAAAAAGAUAAAUUAUUCAAAAGUUGACCAAAAUAACAAAACAUGUCUAAAAUGACCCAAAAACCAAACCAGAAAUGACUUAAAACUGUUAAUUUGACCAGAAUUAUUCUGAAUUUGUCCAAAAUGUCUCAGUUUUCUGAGAAUUUCCAGAAUCUCUCCAAGAAUAUCCAGAUAUUUCCAAAAAAACAGGUCCAAAACAUCUGUAAAUUUGACCAGAAUGAAAAAAAUAAGACAAUUUUAAGAUACUCUUAUAAUAGUUAUAGAUUUACGAGAAAAAACUGGAACAUUCUCUUAAAGUUUUACAUUUGCGAGAUCACUCACAGAUUUACAAAAAAAACCAUAUUUUAAGAACUAUGUCAUUAAUUUGCAAGAAUGAAACGCUUACAUUUUCAAAGAUUAAAGUCCCAAAUGUACAACUGAUUCCUUUAAUUUAACACCAGCAAACGAAGGAGCUUUUUCUCCCAAAUCUGUUCCUUUAAACCGCUUCUUUCUUUCUUUUCCCCCAUCAUGCACCUGUUUGUUUGAUAAACAAGACGAACUCUUUAACGUGUCGAAAGAUUCAGUUUCAGCUGAACUCAGUCGGUCCAAAGUAAGUAAAGAUGAAGAUAAGAAGCUCCAUUUGUCAGGUGAGGACAUGUUUCGGUGUGACGGCGGGAGGAUUAGGAGGUCGUACAUCAACCGGGACAUCAAAUAACACACCUUUGUGCUGCAGCUACACACAGAAUUAUCUGUUAAAAAGCAGAACAAGCUUUGUGGCCGGAGUUUUCAACGUAAACUCAGUAAAACAUCUGUUUUUGUUUGUUUAAAAAUGGAUAAAUCCUGUUUGUCAGCUUAGAAAUGAUCUGUUAUUGAGAAAACAGAAAAAAACACAACACAGAUUUAGUUCAGGUAAAAUAUACACACAAAAACAGCUCAAUAUAAAUGCAGCACAAUGCCGAUUUAGUUCAUCUCUGCUUCUAUGUGAUCAUAAGAUUAAAUCUAAAAUGAUUAAUGACAGUAAAACAUGAAAAGCUAACUUCUGCCAUCUAAAUAUUACAACUGUCUCUGAAGAGGAACCUACAAAAACACUCUUAACUCGCCAAAAUAGUUUAAAAUUACUCUCAAACCUGCUUUUUUUGUAACAGCCAGCAGGGGGCGACUCCUCAAACAGAACCAUAUAGUACUUCUUUACGAUUCUAAGUAUGAUCCAAAAUGUGACGUUGCGCUUAAGUAGAACCAAAAACUACACUCUGAACUUGGCUGAAUAGUUAAAAAUCACUUUUAAACCUGUAUUCUCUCAACCAGCCAGCAGGGGGAGACUCCUGCAAACAGAUUUCUAUAGAAGUUGAUGAGAAAAUGAGACAACUUCUCACUUGAUUUGUUUCCUCGUUAAAUGUUUAUGGUCCAGUACAAACGCACAAACUGAAAGUACACAUCAAAAACAGCUCGAUAUAACUGAAAACAGUGCCGCUACUUGUCUGAAAAACAAUUAUAUGUGGUCAUAAAAAUGAUCUAAAUUCAUUAAUGACAAAAUAAAACAUGAAAAACUAACUUGUACCACACAAAUUUCAUGUAAACAUUGCAACUAUCCAUAAAGAGAAACCUACUUGAACACUCUUAACUCGCCAAAGUAGUUGAAAAUUACUCUUCAACCUGCAUUCCUUCUGCCAGCCAGCAGGGGGCGACUCUGCAAACGUGCAUACAUAUUAUUCUAAAUACAAUCCAAAAUGUGACAAGAAAAGGAGAUGUUACUCUUAAGUUGAACCAAAACCUACAAUUUUAACUCACCAAAAUAGUUGAAAAAUCCCUUUUAACCCCGCAUUUGCUCUACCAGCCAGCAGGGGGCAGCUCCUCCUCAAACAGAACCGUAUAGUACUUCUUUACGAUUCUAAAUAUGAUCCAAAAUGUGACGUCGCUCCUAAGUGGAACCAAAAACUACCCCCUUAACUUGCCACAAUGGUUAAAAAUCACUUUUAUCUCAACAAACCAGCAGGGGGCGACUCCUCUGCAAACAAUUCUAUAGAAGUCAAUGAGAAAAUGACUUCUCACUUGAUUUGUUUCCUCGGUAAAUGUUUUCCAGAUGAGUUUAUGGUCACAAACGGUAGCUUCAAGUCUCCUUUAAUAAAUAAUGGUGUUGGUUUGGUAAAUUAUGACCCUAAAUUCCAAAUUUAAUGAAUUAAUUUAACCCUUAAACUAUGUUAUAUGAGCUCAAAAGAAAAGACAUUUAGCUGGAAAUGUCCAAUCUAAUGGAGCAAAAUGUGAGUAUUUUCCAGUUUUCAGGUUGAAUAUGUAGCUCUACAAACGUUUAAUGUUAGCUUCAAUUAUUUGUUUGUCUCCAGUUGGUCGACUGAUAAAAUUUACAGAUAUUUCACUUUUAUCUUUCAAAAACCCCUCGACUAUACAGAACAGACUCCUGUUCCAAAGUCAACACAGACAGACGAUGCAUCAGAGUAAGUGUGAGCGCUUCAGUGAAAACAUUAGAAACACACUUUUGGAAGUUUGUUUUCGCUCCGUUUAUUCCGACUGUUAAAAUAAAGGUUGAUUUUUGUCUGGAAGAGGAGGUCAUCUCUGCAGACUCUCUGUGACGAAUCUGUUAUGAUUUCAUAAAACGUAAAGACACAACAAUCCACCAGAUCCAUCAGCGCUCCGCAAACACCAUCCAUCAGCUGGAGCAGACGUGUUCAGAUGAAGUACGGAGACGUGAAACCUGAAGAAGACUCUGAUUUAAAGUGUCAGCCUCUCUGUAGCGGCUGGGAUUUAACAGAUCAAUGCAAAAUAUGCAACCAGGUUUGAGGUUUUUAGGACGCGAGUUCAGUCUGAGGCUGCAUGUUUAACGUUGCUACGCCUAAGAUGGAAAACUGCUUCAUUUCUCGUUGGUUUUAGUCUGAAAUUAAUAGAAAAUUAACUGAGAAACAAACAUUUAAAUCAGUAAUCUGUGACUCCACCUUCUCAUCAUUGAUUGCUUUGAUUUAAUCCAGUUUUGUUUUAUUCUAAGAAUGUAUUUUGCAUUUUUGGUGCCAAACGUAAUGUUGUCAUGGGAAAGAGAAAUAAAAAUGAAAUGUAAUGAA